UCGUCUUUAUUGUCUUGUUUUAUUGUAAUUGAUAAAGUCCUUUUUUUAUGUUUAAAUGUCAUGUACUGCUCCUCAGUUGGCACAUCCUUGAUGGCUUGAUAGCAGGCCUUGAGAUCUGAAAAUCCCGCUGGAGUGAUAAAAUGUGUUCGUCUGAGACAUAGCUUAUUAUAACUAGUUUACAUUUAAUUUAAAGUGUAUAAAUUAUAAAUAUUGUUUAAUAUAUGUAGUAAUACUUUUAACUGUUCUUAAAGGGACAAUGCCACUCUUGCUGGUUUGGCAGCUCCAGAAGAUAAAAAAAUAGCCCUAUUCAAGUACUAGAUGUGUUAAGUGUCCUACCUGCUGUUUAAAUUAUUCAUUAAAUCCUAUUUUACUUGUCCAGAGGGUUCGAAAAUAUAUUUUAGAUCUGUCACAUUAAAGCUUUUCUGAGAGUCAUUUCUAUCAAGGGAGGUAAUAAGCUCCAGAUUUGAUUGACUUCCUGUUCUAAAAAUAGCUUUAAAUGAUGUUAUAGGACCGGGAGAUCCCUUGUGUGUGACCCUAUUAUUCCAAAUAAAUAAAUACAUAAGAUCAGCGGAAAUGUGAAAGGAAAUCGGGAUUAAAAUGACUUGGAUUAACACACAAUUAAUUCAAGUUGAUUAAUGAUAUUCUAGACAGUCCGAACGCAGAUAAUCUACUUGUAUUGUUUACAGAUAUAUGGCCUAUAUCACGCUGGUAUCAAUUAUCUAGAGACUUGAGUUCGACAUUGACAAGUGUUGAUUUUUUCCGUCGAUUGCCAAGUCGGAGUCCUAGUAAUAUUUAAGUCACGCGUGUAAUUAUUAGUAGAUCAUCAUCCCAAUUGAUUCGGCUAAGAAACGCAAGCAAGCAGGAUAUCAGAGGCAGUUCAGACUGAGCUGGUCGUUAACAAAUAUGAACUUGGGAACAGAGCAGAUUAGGUGGGAAGAAUUGAAGGAAAGCUGAACAUUUACAUAGAAUGAUAGAGAGCCGUGAAGAAUUGGCAACCAGGCAAAGCUGUUAUUAUAUAUGUAUAUAAUAUAUACAGGUAAUUUGCAAAAAAAAUAAAAAAAAUAUGUUACCACUGAAAAACAAUUCAACCGAUUCUUAUAAGCUUAUUAUUUGCCAUGGGAAAACAUGAUUUUUUAAAAACAUUAAUUGUUUAUAAUGUAUUUAUAAAAGACGCAAAAUAUUGUGUGUAUUCUUUUGCCAUUUAAGGGCUGAUCAAGUGGGGACGCAUCUGGAACCAGGGGUACAUUUAAGAACAGGAUUCUGUUUCAAAUCACUGGAAAUGGUAUUUCCAGGCUUAUAGUUUUCAAAAUCUUCGGGAGGAGGCCACCUGGUCUUCGUGCUCGAAACGUCCAGCUUUGUCGCCUGUGUGCACCCCCUAUCCAUGGUUUCUGAAUUUGCCGUUGCAAUUUUUAAUUUUCCAUUUAUAUUCCUUAUUAUUGACUUUCUUUUAAUCUAGUCUGUUAAAUAGAUUAUUUGAGCUAAUGUUUAUAUAAGUAACCUGCAUUUAAAUUAUGACAGGAUGAACCUGAUAACCCAAGGUUUGUCAUUUUGUUUGACGAUCAUCAUUUCUAUGUUUGCACUUCAGUUUGUAAAGAUCCCAACAAUAACUGAAAACAGGGCUUUUACUUGUUAUUCUAAGGACUGUUAAGCAUGUUGUAUAAUUAUUAAGCUCAAAAAACAAUAACACUUUCACAAUUUCAAUCUUUCAGGUACCACAGAAAAUACUCUUAAGAGAGCAUCAAAUUGGGCUUUUGCACCAAUGAAAGGGGCCAAGCAUUAUCAUUAUGGCAUAAUGUUAUCAUUGCUAUAUAAUAUGGUGAAGGCCCCUGGGCCCAGAUGCCAGUCAAAUCUACAAACCUUAGCAGAUCACAGAACUGAUGGCAACGCUAACCAGAAUGCACACACUUGCCAUAAUACACAUAAACCCCAUUUUAGUACCCGAAGCAACUCCUUUGGAUGAAAUUUUAGCUUGGAUGCUAACCUGCAAAAGGCAGUGUGUCUUUAUAUAAGGAAACGAAAUCGAAUAGGCCUACUAAUUAUUGAUCCCAUAUCUCCUACCCAUACUGGACUAAGCCUACUAUGUGACUUCUCUGGCAAAAUUCUUAGGAAACACUCACUUUGUCUGCGAUAUCACCCUAGGUGGAAACCGGCAUUAAACCUAAAGCCCCCCCUCCCCCUUUGGACUGGUGGGUAAAGGAAAAGCAUGAAGGAAAAGACAACUGGGUGAUGCUGACCCCCAAAAGAUUGCUGAGACUUACCAACUUCAGAAAUAGCCAAGAAAGAGAACCAGAUUUUAAUUAAGCCAGGUAAUUUGAAAAGGAGUGAAAUGAAGGGGUUUUAACUACUGCUGUCUGCAUUAGUCUUCCUUGGUGAAAUCUUUCGAAGGAUAUUAUGACAGAAAAGAAUUACUUACUGGUUGUAAAGAAAUGCCUAUCUUUAGGCAUAACUCCACAUCUGUCACAGGAACUGGAUUUGGUGAUUGACUUGACUGUUGAUUACCUAUUCUGUAGGCACGCUAUCUCAGGUGGCUGUCCUACACUGUGCUCUGUGUGUUUUCAUUGUUUUAUAUACUGGUAUCUUGAUUAUACAUUUUGGAUUUUAUGACCAGUUGCUUUAUAAAGACAUAGUGCACCCAUGGAUGUGAAUUUAUUUCCUAAAUAUUGGAUAACUUUGAAGUAUUUUGAGUUUGUAUUAUUUUCUAUAUUAUCAUAUAGUGACUACUGAAGCAUGCAAUCAAGACUUUUAACACCACAACUCGAGCCAUUUUCAGUAAUCCUUUGUUUACUAUUAAUCAUGCUCACAAAUUACUCAGUUAAUAAACAUGUAAUCACUACAUCCAGAGAUGAACUCCUUUCUAAGUCAAGUUGUGAUUUACUAUUACCUGAACAUAAAACGUUUCUUAAAGAUUCCACUGAUCACAUAGUUAAACAAUAUAAAAGAACAAGGCGUGGAUGUGCCUCUGGGAGGAAAAAACGUCAGAAACUUAAAUCAAAUAAUAUCAACACUAAUAGCAAUACUAGCAAAUUAGAAACGUCCAUUUCCAUCACACAUAAAUAGGCAGACUCUUUUACAUUAGGGCUAUGGAAUACGCAAUCAUGUCGAAAUAAAAAAAACUGAAAUUUUUGACCUCAUUACUGAAGAUAAUCCAGAUAUGCUAGUCAUCACUGAAUCUUGGCUUAAACCCAAUGGCGAUGAACACCAUAUAACAGCCAUGACACUCCCGUCCCAUUCAUUUGUGCACCUUGCAAGAUCCCACACCACUGGUGGAGGAAUCGCAGUAAUUUACAGACGUUCUAUUAUUGUUGAAGUUCUCUCAAACAAGCUUGAAGCUAAAACGUUUGAACAGCUACCUUUAAGAGUUACAGCUUCUAACAAGUGUUUUAUAGUAGUUUGCAUUUAUAGGCCGCCCCCAUCGGCAAAGAAUAAACUUUCAUCAUCUGAUUUUUACCAGGAAUUUGCAAUUUUGUUUUCCUCAUACUCAAAACCGAAUACCAUAAUUCUUGGUGAUUUUAACAUACAGAUAAAUAACACAAUAAAGUCGGAUGUCAAAAGAUAUGUGUCCCUCAUUGACUGUAAAAGUUAUAAUCAGCAUGUUAUGGAACCAACUCAUAAAUCUGGUAAUACUCUUGAUUGGGUAGUCGCGGCAAAUGACUCUGACCUUGUCAAGGAAGUACAUGUAGAAAAUAGACAAAUUUCUGACCAUUAUUACAUUACAGCAAUAUUAAAAUUGUCUAGACCUCAAAACCUUAAAAAGGAAAUUAUUUGCAGAAACAUUAAAGCCAUUGACUGGAGUACAUUUCGAGUUGAUAUUUCAAAUUCAAAAUUACUUUUGGAUCCAAUGAGUGAUGUCAAUGUUCAAGUUAAUCUGUAUAAUAAUACUCUUUCUGCAUUACUUGACAAACAUGCCCCAGCAACAAACAAAACUGUGACUGUACGGAACAGCGCUCCCUGGUACAAUAAUGAAGUCAAACAAUCAAAAUGCUUACGUCAUCGAGCCGAGCGUAAAUUUAGGAAGACCCAUUUAGAAAUCCACCGCCAGAUCUACUGUAAAGCUAAAAGUGACCAUCUAAAGAUCAUUAGUAAAUCUAAGCAAAAGUAUUGUCGAACUUAUAUUCAAAACUGCAAGAACGAUCCUGGUAAAGUCCAUAGAUUUUUGAAAUCCCUACUUGGUAAAAAACCAGAUCGAAAACUUCCAAGUUCAGACAAUAACAAAAGUCUAGCUGACUCGUUCAAUGAUUUCUUUAUCAACAAAAUCGAGAAGAUUCGCAGUGGACUAAAUUCAUCUACAGAUUCUGAAAAUACCCAAACAACUUUAUUUGGCGGACAUAAAUUAUGCAGUUUCAAACCCUUUAGUAAAGAGGAAAUCAAAAACAUCAUCAUGGCAUCAAAACCUACAACAUGUUUAUCAGAUCCAAUCCCAACACACCUUGUCCUUCAACUUAUUGAUCAACUUCUCCCAUUCUUCACUCAAUUAAUCAACAACAGUUUAACAACUGGUACAUUUCCUGACUGUUUUAAAUCGUCUAUUGUCCUUCCACUCCUAAAGAAAGACAACCUGGAUAAAAACAUCAUGAAAAAUUAUAGUCCUGUCUCAAACUUGCCGUUCCUGUCAAAGAUUAUUGAAAAAGCUGUCAAUAUUCGUCUAAAUGAACAUCUUACUGCAAAUUCCUUGUUGAAUGUUUUCCAAUCAGCAUACCGACAAUAUCACAGCACGGAAACAGCCCUACUUAGGGUUGUAAAUGAUCUACGUUCUACUGCAGACAGCGGCUGUAUUGCUUCUCUGGUGUUGCUCGAUUUAUCGGCUGCUUUUGAUACCAUAGACCACACCCGUCUACUGGGGAAUCUUUUAAAUCGCUGUGGUAUAGAUGGGUAUCCUCUAUCAUAUCUUCAAAACCGCAGCCAGUCUGGUACCGACUUAUCAGAGAGAACAUCUCUAGCCUGUGGAGUUCCACAAGGAUCUGUAUUAGGUCCGGUACUUUUCGUCCUUUACACCAACCAACUGUCUGAUAUAAUUAGUAAUCAUGGUUUUAAUCAUCACUCUUAUGCCGACGACACCCAGAUUAUUGGUACUUUUUCGGCAGAUUGUUAUGUUGAUUUCUACCAACGGACCUCAGCUUGCACUACACAGAUCAAGUCAUGGAUGACAUCUAAUAUGCUAAAGUUAAAUGAUGACAAGACGGAGGUUUUAUUUGUGGGAACAAAUAAAAAUUUAUCAAACCUAGACUCUACUACUUUAACGAUUGCCGAUUCGGACAUUCAGGCGCUGACCAAUGUUAAAAACUUAGGAGUAAUGCUCGAUUCAGCCCUAUCAAUGGAAACACAUGUCAACUACAUUUGCAAAGUAUGUUACUUCCAUCUACGCGCCAUUGGAAAUAUCCGGCAUCUUCUGACAAAUGAAACAGCCCAUACUCUCGUUCGAUCUCUAGUGUUCUCUAGGUUAGACUAUUGUAAUGGUGUUUUAAGUGGUCUGAACCAAUUAUUAAUGUCAAAAUUACAAGCUGUUCAAAACACCGCCUCGAGAAUAAUAAGUUAAACAUCAAGACGCUCUCAUAUAACACCUAUUCUGAAGGAACUUCACUGGUUGCCAGUACAUUCCAGAAUUACGUUCAAAAUCUUGUGUCUUGUGUUUAAAUGCUUAAAUGUAUCCAGCCCAGAAUAUCUGACUGAACUUUUGCAAGUUUAUGAACCAGUAAGAAAUCUUCGUUCCCAAGAACAGAGCCUUUUACAUAUACCGAAAUUCAAAUUGCAAUCCUUUGGUUAUAAAUCUUUUAGAUGUUAUGCACCAAUCGUAUGGAAUUCCCUACCACACAGCAUUAAAACUUCGAGUUCUCUCGAAUUGUUUAAGACAAAAUUGAAAACUCAUUUAUUUAAUCUAGAAUAUGAGUGUAAAUAGUGUACAGAGUGUCAUGACUGCGCCUUGAGCAUGUAAUUUUGGAAAGUAUUGGCGCUAUAUAAAUAUACAUUAUUAUUAUUAUUACCUACUUCUUCCAAAAUAUCAAACAAAAUUAAAGGCAUUAUUUCAGCAAAGGACAACAAAUGUCUCCUUCAUCCAUCUACUUCUAGCUCAUUUACCAUUUUCUGAAAUUUGAAUAUUGUGUUAGCAAUUUGAAAAUAAUUAUCCCUGAGCUCAUAUACUGUUUGAAUAUUUUAUAUAAUUAUUAUCAGAAAUUAUUAUACAAUUAAUUAUAA